AUGGACUUGCACACGCUUAUUGACAAGUUCCAAGCCAAUGUCAAAAUUCUCAAGCAGUUGGGGGAGCAAACUGAACACUGGGAUGUGCUACUAAUUCACUUGCUCAGUACUCGGUUGGAUGCUGUUACGAGACGCGAUUGGGAAGAGUAUGCAGAGGCAAACGAGACGACCAAGUUUCAGCAGUUGAUAGAGUUUCUUCAACGUCGAGUCAAUGUGUUGGAAACGGUUAGCGGCAAGUCAGCGGAGAUGGCAACACUAGCGAAGAAACAUAAUCCACCUCGUUCAGCAAAUCACGGAGCUUCAAAGCAAGCAUCGCGCCAGUGUCCAGCGUGUUCUAGCCAGCAUUCUCUCUACCAGUGUGGAGAAUUUUCAAAAAUGUCGGUUGACGAGAAGGAGCGUGUAAUCCGACGCAAUCAGCUUUGCCGAAACUGCCUACGACGAGGCCACUUGGCAAAGGAGUGUUCAUCUGAAAGCAGCUGUCGCAAGUGUAGAGGGCGGCACCAUACGCAGUUGUGCUAUGCUUCAAGAUCAGAGGGCAGCAGUCGACCCGCAUCCCUCAUCCAGCCAAGUCAGCAAAGCAGCAACAACGAACAACUUUCUUCCACCCCAGCGGCACAUACUGGCAUCACGAGUAGCACUUCCCUGGACAGAUCUAGAACGAAGGUGCUGCUAGCUACAGCCAUCGUCAUCAUGGUGGACAACAACGGGAUAGAGCAUCCGGUACGAGCCUUACUGGAUUCAGGCAGCGAAUGUUGUUUCGCAACUGAGCGGCUACUCCAGCGAAUGAAGGUUCGUCGGUGCAAGGUGAAUCUGCCUAUUGCAGGGAUUGGUGAAGCUGCUACAGAAGUUCACUGCAAGUUCCAGUCCACCAUAAAGUCCAGAAUUUCCAACUAUGUUGCCACAAUCGAAGCCUUCGUCCUACCGAGGAUCACCGUAGACCUUCCAUCAAUUUCCGUUGACGCCUCUAGAUGGUCGCUUCCAACGGGAAUUCAGUUAGCAGAUCCAUCUUUCUAUCAAUCCGGAGUUAUUGAUGUUGUGCUGGGAGCGGAGGUGUUUUUCGAUCUCUUCAGCGUAGCAGGUCGCAUUCCAUUGGGCGAGUCUCUUCCGUGCCUCGUGAAUUCAGUCUUUGGUUGGGUGAUUAGCGGAAAAACUUCUCAAGAACAUUCAAGAUCACCCAUUGUCUGCAACGUAGCUACUACUGCCGAAAUACAACGCAACUUGGAGCGGUUUUGGGCCAUCGAGGAUGAUUCGGGAGUUGUACACUCCCCGGCUGAAGCCUACUGCGAGAAAUUCUUUUCUGACACGGUCUUUCGCUGCGAAGAUGGACGGUAUAUGGUGCGCAUACCGUUCAAAGAAGAGGUUUUGAAGAAGUUGGAGAACAAUAAACGCACUGCACUUCACCGCUUCCGUUUGCUCGAGAAUCGCCUGGGACGAGAUCCAAAGCUAGCUAUAGAAUACAAGAAAUUCAUGGAAGAAUACGAGAAGUUAGGACAUAUGAAGCGAAUCGACGAGUCUGAGGCAGCAUCUGGGCUUGCAUACUUUCUACCUCACCAUCCAGUCAUUCGCGAAGACAGCAGCACCACCAAGGUCCGCGUCGUAUUUGAUGCCUCGUGCAAGAGUGUUAGUGGAGUUUCCUUAAACGAUGCCAUGCUGGUUGGUCCAAUCGUUCAGGAGGACUUGAGAGCUAUCACGAUGCGAUCUCGCAUGCAUCCAAUAAUGCUUAUCGCCGACAUCGCCAAAAUGUAUCGGCAAAUUCUGCUGUUUCUUGAAGACUGUCGAUUUCAUUUGAUUUUCUGGCGCCAAUCACCAGAAGAACCGAUCCAAAUCUAUAAAUUGAAGACUGUGACCUACGGCACUGCUUCAGCACCGUAUUUAGCCACUAGAGUGUUGAAGCAGAUCGCACAGGAUGAAAGCUCAAAUUUCCCGCUCGCAGCAAGCGCAGCCAGCGAAGAUUUUUACGUAGAUGACUUCUUUUCCGGAGCAAGUACUGUCGCCGAAGCCAUUGAACUGCGAAAGCAGAUGGACGCCAUGUUGAAUUCAGCUGGGAUGCAACUUCGGAAAUGGGCGAGUAACUGUCCGGAAGUGCUUGAUGGAAUUCCUCCAGAGAAUCGAGCGUUAAAACCUCUGGUGAACUUCGAUAAAAAUCAGUCAAUAAAAACUCUUGGUCUGCAUUGGGAGCCGUGCUCCGACCAGUUAAAAUACAUUGUUCCCGAAGCUGCCGUCGACGCUGAUACAAUAAUUACGAAGCGCAGUUCUCUUUCCUGCAUAGCCAAGUUGUUUGACCCACUCGGUUUGGUAGGACCUGUUGUAGUCGUUGCCAAAGUUUUUAUGCAAUCGUUAUGGGGUCUUAAGGAGGACAACGACAAGCCGUACGACUGGGACAAGGAAUUGCCAGAAGAUAUGAAACGCCGUUGGAUCGAAUACUGCUCCGAACUGCCUCGUUUGAAUGACUUGCGUAUCAAUCGAUUCAUUUUGCUCCCUGAUUCUAUCUCUGCCGAACUCCAUUUCUUCUCGGACGCCUCUCUAGCUGCGUAUGGAACAUGUGCGUACAUCAGAUCAACGAACGCUUUGGGGGAAGUAAAGGUUGCUCUGCUCACGUCUCGAUCGAAGGUGGCACCACUCAAGCAACAAAGCAUUCCACGUUUGGAGCUGUGUGGUGCAUUGUUAGCUGCUGAACUCUAUCGUAAGGUAUCCGCUGCACUGCGAAUCACAUCCAAAGCGUACUUCUGGGUUGAUUCAACAACUGUUCUAUGUUGGCUCAACGCAACACCGUCAACAACCUGGUCCACUUUCGUUGGCAAUCGCGUUUCAAAAAUCCAGCAAAUGACAGAAAACUGUGAAUGGAACCAUGUCGCUGGUUGUGAGAAUCCUGCUGACAUCAUUUCCAGAGGAAUAGCAGCAGGAGAUUUGCUCCAGUGUAAACAGUGGUGGGAAGGUCCUCCAUGGCUUCAAAACGACAAAGAAUCGUGGAAGGUUCAAGUUAAUGAAGCCAUAGAUUCAGAAGCCGAAAGGGAAGCAAGGAAAACAUCACUCGCUACCGCAUCUCCUUCGAUUACUUUCGUCGAAGAGUACGUCGGUCGGUUCUCCAACUAUCAGCACAUGCUACGGAUUACUGCCUACUGGAGGCGGUACUUCAGAAAUCUACACCUGGCAAAAUUUGAACGAGUCGUCUCAUCACCGCUUUCUACUUCGGAGAUUCGUAGCGCCGAAUUAGCUCUUGUGCGACUGGUGCAGAAGGACGCUUUUCCGGCAGAAUUGAAAGCUGUGAAAGCAAAUCAAACAGUUCCAACUCAUUCUCGGCUCCGUUGGUUCCAUCCGAUGAUCGAUUCCGACGACAUUUUACGAAUAGGUGGACGAAUAGAUCGUUCUUCCCAACCUUUCGAUUCGCGACAUCAAAUUCUGCUCCCAGGAUCACAUCCGUUUACAACGCUUCUUGUUCGAUGUCUGCACGAACGUCUUCUUCACGCAGCAGUGCAGCUUCUUACCAACACCAUCCGACUACGAUUCUGGAUCUUAGGAGGCAGAAAUACUACCCGUUGCAUUGUUCAUAACUGCGUUACGUGCGUACGAGCAAAGCCCAAAGCCAUCGAGCAGUUCAUGGCCGAACUUCCCUCGCAGCGUGUCACUGCUUCACGGCCAUUCUCCGUCGUUUAUAUCGACUUUUGGGGGCCGAUCUAUCUCAAACCUCGUCACCGUAGAGACGCACCAACAAAAGCCUACGUUUCAGUGUUCGUGUGCUUCAGCACAAAGGCCGUUCACGUAGAACUUGUUGGUGAUCUGAGUACGGUGAAAUUUCUCCAAGCUUUCCGUCGUUUCGUUUCUCGUCGCGGUCUGUGCGCAGAUGUAUACACUGACAACGGCAAGAAUUUCGUCGGUGCUGCUAACGAGCUUCGAAGACUGUUGCGUUCCGAAGACUUUCGCCACUCCAUCGCCAGUGAAUGUUCGACUUCAGGAAUCCGCUGGCAUUUCAAUCCUCCUCGUGGAUCCCAUUUUGGAGGUCUAUGGGAAGCAGCGAUCAAGUCAGCGCAAAAACACUUUGUCCGUGUGCUUGGUGACCGAAAACUAGCCUUUGACGAUAUGGAGACACUUCUCGUACAAAUCGAAGGCUGCCUCAACUCUCGCCCGUUGACCAAACUCUCCGACGACCCAUCGGAUUUGCAGGCUCUAACGCCGGGUCAUUUCAUCGUCGGAUCCUCGCUACAGUCUGUUCCAGACAUCGACUACGAGUCUAUUCCGAUGAAUCGCCUUCACCAAUGGCAGCAGAUCCAGAAAAUGCUUCAGGAUGUCUGGAAACGCUGGCACGUAGAAUAUCUGCAAGCACUGCAACCUCGCAGCAAAUGGAUAAAACCACCAAUAGAGCUACAGAAGAAUCAAGUCGUCGUCAUCGUGGACGAGAAUCAACCACCAAUGCGUUGGCCUAUCGCUCGAAUCCACGAGCUCCACCCAGGUCAAGAUGGCGUCGUCACACUGCAGACUGGCUCCAGUUUGCUUACACGCCCAACUUCAAAGAUCUGUGUUCUACCCAUACCACCACCCAACGACGACCAAACGACCACAUCAGAAGAGCCGCCCGCGCGGUCUAGCUAG